GAUUAAAAAUAAAGUGUCUCUGUCCUGUCUGUGUUUAUGAUCCGAGCUUGCGCACUGAGCUCCUCCAUUGUCUGGCCAGCAGCAGCAGCAGCAGCGGCGGAGAGAGAGAGAGAGCAGCGGAGAGAGAGAGCAGCGGAGCGCCGAUCCGAGCGCAGGGGAGCGGCUUCACUGACCCCGAUCUACCGGGGACAAGCGGCCGCAGCUUGGAGAGAGCGCACCGGAGCGCAUAGAUCAACGCGGAGCUCGUAUUAUUAUUAUUAUUAUUUAUUUAUUUAUUUAUUUACUCAGACAGAUUUUUUGUUGUUGGCGGUCAGACAGACAGCAACAGUUGUCACGAUGUCUGAGAUCAGAUGAGGCGGGAGCAGCGGGGUGAACGUUGCGGUGCCGCUGCGUUCCGGAGCCGGGCGGGAUAAACGUGUUGCUGCCGCGUCCCGCCCUGCGAUGAUACAGCCUUAAUCACCUGGGACAGCGACGGGGGGAAGGCGGUGUGCAUCUGUUUGUCAUUCGGCGUCAUUCAGCUCCCAGCACCAGCAGCACCAGCACCAGCACCGGUUGUGUCGAGGUUCGGGCUCAUGUUCCGCUCAGCAGGGGGACGGGCUGUUGCGUCUGCGGAGAGUCAGAGCUGACGAGCCCGCUGAGACACACGGACAGACAGGCAGGCAGGCAGGCAGGCAGGCCGAGAGACAGACAGGAGCGAGGGGAGGGGGGCGACAGCCUGCUCCGGCUCUCUCGACCCCUUUGCGGAUCGAGCCGAGCCCCCUCCUGGUACCACCCGAACCCCCCCUCCAACCUCCACCAGCCUCCCCGGCUUUGGAUGGGGGGAAAGCAAAGCACGGCGGGUCGGCCCCGGGGUGCUUUUCCCGGCGUCUCUACGGAUGACAGCGCGGUGCCACCCUCGGCCCACUUCGGCCACUACCGACCGAGCGGCACCAUGGGCCUACGGAGCCGCUCGGUGAGCUCCGUAGCCGGGAUGGGCAUCGAGCACAGUCCCGCCGUGCCCUUCGGCUUCUACACCCCAAGAGGGACGGACUCGGAUCGAGCUGGUGGUGGUGGUGGUGGUGGGUCAGGGGGUACUACCGCCGGUACCCCGCACGGUGGUGGUACCGGUGGCUACCAGGAAACUGGGGGCGGAGGGCACCACACGGACGGGGUGCUCUAUCUGGGGUCCCGGGGGUCGCUGGCUGACACCUUGCCCCUGCACAUCGCACCCCGCUGGUUCAGCGCGCACAGCGGAUUCAAGUGUCCUGUCUGCUCCAAGUCGGUGGCGUCCAAUGAAAUGGAAGUUCACUUCAUCAUGUGUCUAAGCAAGCCUCGUCUCUCUUACAACGGAAGGACCUUUUCUCUCUUCAUACGACCUCCCCCUACCACCACCACCACCACCACCGUCAACACCACCACCGACACCAACGUUGUGUUUUCUGCUAGAGUAGGUCUGGCUGACUUCGACUGGAGACAUAACGACUUCCACGGCUCGCUCGCUUUCCCAUCAGACAACUAA